GUUGCUCCAGUGUCUUCCGAAUAACUUAUUAUCAUUUUGGCAUGUCCCGGUAGCAAUUACAGAUUUGUUACAACUUAGCCUAUUUGCUGUUGUUACAUAAGGACAGAUUUCGAGAGGAAUAUAAUUUAAAUUGACCAAUAAGUAGGCUAUUUAUUACAAAAUGGACAUUUUUGGACAAAAUAAGUCACAGACAAACACCACCAUUCCGACUGAAAACUGGACAUCUAUAUACUCUAUAGUUCGAUGGAUUCAAAUAACAAUGGCCGUCCUAAGCAUCUUGGGUGCUGGCUCCAUAAUCUUUUAUGCGAUUUAUAAAGGACUAGUAAGAAAACCAGAGGUGCUGCCGUUGUUCUUGUUGAGUUUAACAGACCUGCUGUUAGCUUUGAGUUGGAUGUGUGGAGGUCUUCUCUUCACCCAGUCCUGUAACGCUUACGACAUCUGCUACAACCUCCACAUAGUGGAACAGACGCUUUACAUGGCCUCGUUCUUCUACACGCUGCACUAUGUUUGGGUGCUCUACACCGGACUGAUGGGGAAGUACAGGAGACUCAAUGGUUUCCCUGGCGAGAAUCCAGCAAACACAAGAAGCUGCAGGUGUCUCGGUCCUGUCCUGUCAUUUCUUUUGCCUUUAAUGCUCACAGCGCCCGUCUUUGUAGCAGGAAAUGUGUUUCGGUGUUACACAAACUUCACCCAGCCCUACAGAUGUUUGCUGAUGCAUACAGGCGCUGUGUAUCUCACCUCAUCUGUAAAUACAGAAAUGACAGCAUGUAGUGUCAUUCAAGACUACUGCAUGACCAUAUUCCUUACGACCUUCCUUAUCACCUUCAUCGGCAUCACCACUCUCAUGUGUAAAGCUCGCUCCCUGUACAAGCGUAUCAUCACGUCUCAAGGUUUUUUUGCCGACAAUCAUUGGGAAACUCUGCGUCUCCUGGAACGGCGUAUGCUGCUUUAUCCCUCAGCCUUCUUCUUCUGCUGGGGACCAGCAAUAUUUCUGGCCACUAUGAUGUUGGUGAAACCGGACAUAAUAGAGGGAAGGAUGGGAGUCGUUCUCUACAUCCUACAGGCCUUCACCUCUGCCUCUCAGGGUCUGUUGAACUGCCUGGUUUACGGCUGGACGCAGCAGCACUUUCGCUCUCUCAGCAGCAGCACCGUACGGGACGCCAACACCCAGACUCCCCUGCUGCGCUCCCAGAAACCAAACUACGCCGCUUUGCGCUCUGCUGCAUCGCUCACCAAUUUUGUCUGACAGAAAGACACGCAAGAAUCCCUGUAAUGCAUUGGGAUGAUACUUUAAACCAAAGCGACCGAGGGAUCAAACCCAUGACUUGGCUGUUGCGAGCGUCAUGCUCUACACAUUGAGCUACCUGAGCAAGUACAGCACACACUAACUGAAGACUGAAACAAGCAAAGUAUUAGUGUGGUCCGUCAUGCGUGAAGUUUGGUCUUGAUGAAAACAGCCACUGCAGAAGCGUUUGUUUUGCUGUUGUAUUACCAACACCAGAUGGCAGAUAAGGACGCUCUGCUGAAAAGGGAGCUGAAUGUUUUUUCUGUUUUCUACUUUGGUUUUGUUAUGAGAUUUCAUAUGCUGCACCUGCUGCUAGUUUAGCUGAGAAACCCACUUCAAGAAACCGUUUCAUCAUCCAGCCUCUACAAUAUAGCUUUUGCAAUAACAUGCAAUGAUCGAGACUUUCAGAUCACGACGCACUGCUGAACAGUUGAAAAGGGAAAGACCGAAGGGGGAUUACGACCAGAGGGAAAUAGCUCUGAAACAGGAUCUGAGAGGACAAUGCUGCUGCUUUCCAUCCAAAAACACAAAAACAAAACAAAAAUGUGCUGAACCCACCCACACAUAGUGGUUAGCAUUGCAGGUAUCAAUUACUGCUGAAGGAGCAUGAAACAAAUCAUUUAUCCUUCAUAAACAAUACUUCUCAAUAGAUAUUAUUAUUAAAGAAUACGUUCAGCUGAUGAGAAAUAUUAGCAGGAAAAGACUCAUACGAACCUGUCAAGAUAGUAGCAAUGAAUCAUGAAUAAGCAUUUUGCUUAAAAUGAGGUCAUGGGAAAGCUGGAAAUAUAAGGGAAAUAUUUAGAAAUUGUGAUUUUCAGGUUUAGAAAAGUUAUGAAAUGAAUGAACUCUUAAAGGGAUGGUUUCACCCCCAAAGUAAUAUUCCUUCAUCUUUUACUAGGCCUCAUGUCGUUCCAAACCCACAAAACUUUUGUUUAGCUUUGAAACACGGAUGGAGAUAUUUUUAAGUAACUUGAGAUAUUUCUGUCCCUCCUUUGAAAGUCCAUGCAGCCAAAACUCUGACGAUUCAAAAAGUUCAUAAAGGCAUCGUACAAGAAAUCCAGUAAUCCAAGCUUUCAUAAGAGACACGAUCAGUAGAUGUGACAUUUAAUUUAGGCUUUUAUUCUCAUAUAUACACAUUGAUCAACGCACAUCCAAUGUAUGCCCAAAUGUGCUUGUGUGAAACGCAGAACAAACCUCAUAUGAAUGACUUUUACAAUGUCUUUAUGAAUUUGAGUCAUCAGGGUUUUGGUUGUGUGACCUUUCAGUAAAAGGACAGAAAUCUCGCAGGUUUCAUUAGAAUCAUGAUCUUCAUCGAAGUUUCAAAGGUGAACAAAAAGUCUUGUAGGUUUCAAGCGACAUGAGGGUGAGUAAAUGAUGACGGUGUUUUCAUAUUUGGGUGAACUAUCCCUUUAACAUGUCUGUGGGAAUUUCUAUAGUUGGUAACAUUUUCCAGUUAUGCUUUGUUUUAAAAUAUGUUUUUGACUAGAAACUGGAGUGCAGAGUCAUUGUUCAGUAAUUACAAACAGCUGGAAAAGUCAUUGGUUAAAAAUGGUUAAAAAAUUGGUUAAAGGGAAUCCUAUUACACCUAUAUAUAUAUAUGGUGUCAUAAAUGACAUGUCGCACUGGUUUCCCCUUUUAGUUUGGCUCACAUUUGUCCCAUGACAGAAUGACUUUAAUGAAGUAUUACUUUCAUUUCCGAGAGCAUUUUAUAUGCAUGUGUGUACAUAGUCUUUCCACAUUAAAUGCUGUUGAAAAUGUAUGAAAUAUAUUUUAAU